GAGCUGAGGAGGCAGCAUCCGUCCUGGACCAAGCCAUGAGGUCCGUGGUAGCCUUCAUCUGUCUCGCUCAGCUUCUAAGCUCUGCCACUGCUCGGUUUCAUCCUCUUCUCCCAGUGAGGGACCCGAACUGUGACGAUCCAGAUGUCGAGCAGGCUGCGCAUGAAAUUGUGCGAUAUGUCAAUGACCAACAUCAUUCUGGAUACAAGUACCGUCUGAAUCAGAUUGACAAAGCAAGGGUGUACCCACGGAGGCCCUCGGGAGAGGUGUAUGUAAUGGAGGUUGACAUGCUGGAAACCACCUGCCAUGUGAUGGACCGAACCCCGCUGGAAAACUGCACCGUGAGGCAGCUGGUGGAGCAUGCUGUGGAAGGAGACUGUGAGGCCAGUGUGCUGAAAAUGGAUGGCCUGUAUACAGUAUUGAAUGCCAAGUGUGAGUCCAAUCCAGAUUCAGCAGAAGAUGUGCGCAAAGUUUGCCCAGACUGUUUCCUCCUGGCACCCUUGAAUAAUACCAAGGUGGUCCACGCUGUUGAAGCUUCCAUGGCUGCCUUCAUUAGCCAGAACCAAACCACUCAUUACAAGCUUCUGGAGGUCUCCAGGGCUCAAAUUUCGCCACUCCAGACUUCCAUCUCUGUCGAGUUUGUGAUUGCACCCACUGACUGUGGGCCAGGAGGGGCGGAUGAUCCAUCUUCUUGCAACCCACUGGCAGACCAGUAUGGCUUCUGCAAGGGGACGCUGACAGAGAAAGCUGGUGUGGAAGAUGUUUCUGUCAUCUGCAAGUUCUCUGAGCCUGUGGUUCCCGCACCUCAACCCACUCCUGUUGCUGCUGGACCUGAUGUUGCUGUCGCUGCUAAACCUGCUAUCGCUAUUGUUUCUGGACCCGGUCCUGUGCGACCUGCAGGACCCGUUCUGACCCACUUGCCCCAUCAUGACCUCAGGCAUUCCUUUGUUGGAGUGGCUUCCUUAGAAUCCGCCUCUGGAGAAAGGGGAGCCCCUGUAGGGCCGGCUCCCGCUGUCCCAGGUCCUGGACCGGCUGCACCCGCCAUCCCUCUCUGUCCAGGGAGGAUAAGGCAUUUCAAGGUCUAACCUGGGUCCCAGCUCUGUGGCGCAAUCCUUUCUGACAAGUGUUUCUAUCUUUCUAACUGUAGCCCAGGGUUCUUUAAGUAGUGUCGCCAUUUUGUCAAAGUUGAGGAAUGGGGUGGGAGUUCUGGGAGGAAAUGCCAUUUCUUGGGAGUUUUUCUAGAUCAUGCUGUGGAUUAAAGAAAAGAGGGCUUCCUGCCCCUCCCCCUCUCCCCCCCCCCCCCCGCUUCUCCCCACAUCUUGAAAGACAGAAGGGGAGGGAGGAAUGAUCAUGUUGGAUGGGCGAGGCAAGCGACUUCCACAUUCUCAUCAAUAGUCCUCAUGCCCUGAUCGAACACUCAAUUGACUAGAUGGUCGUCACUGUACGGUCUGCCUUCUGGGUUGAUCUUGUCGCAGCGAAAGCCAAUGUGAUUUGAGAGGUGCUAUUGCUAAUCCUGUGACUUCCUGUUAAGAGAACUUCCUUAAUAAACAAAGCUUCUGAAGGAG